CGCUCGAGGUUUCCCCGUCCCGGGUUUCCCCCGUCCCGUCCCCUCCGCCCCGCCGGCCGCAGCAUGAGUGUGGUGGAGCACGUGCGCGAGAUGGCGGCCGCCGGGCUGCACUCGAACGUGCGGCUGCUCAGCGGGCUGCUCCUCACCAUGAGCGGCAACAACCCGGAACUGUUCUCUCCCUCUCAGAAGUACCAGCUCCUUGUCUAUCACGCAGACUCCCUCUUCCAUGACAAGGAGUACAGGAAUGCUGUCAGCAAGUACACGAUGGCCUUACAGCAGAAAAAAGCCCUAAGUAAAACCUCCAAAGUCAGACCUUCUACUGGGAAUGCUGCAUCAACACCCCAAAGCCAGUGUUUACCGUCAGAAAUUGAAGUGAAAUACAAAAUGGCAGAAUGUUACACAAUGCUGAAGCAAGAUAAAGAUGCCAUUGCUAUUCUUGAUGGGAUUCCUUCCAGGCAGAGAACUCCAAAGAUCAAUAUGAUGCUGGCAAACCUCUACAAGAAGGCGGGCCAGGAGCGCUCCUCGGUGACGAGCUACAAAGAGGUGCUGAGGCAGUGCCCCCUGGCCCUGGAUGCCAUCCUAGGCUUGCUGUCACUGUCGGUGAAAGGAGCAGAAGUGGCCUCCAUGACCAUCAACAUAAUCCAGAGCAUUCCCAACUUGGAUUGGCUCUCCGUGUGGAUCAAGGCUUACGCCUUUGUGCAUACUGGAGACAACACCAGAGCAAUAAACACCAUUUGCUCUUUAGAGAAGAAGUCAUUGCUGAGGGAUAAUGUGGACUUGCUGGGGAGCUUAGCAGACCUGUACUUCAGAGCUGGAGAUAAUAAAAACUCCAUCCUAAAAUUUGAACAAGCACAAAUGCUGGAUCCUUACCUAAUAAAAGGAAUGGAUGUUUAUGGUUAUUUAUUGGCGCGCGAGGGUCGGCUGGAGGAUGUGGAGAACUUGGGCUGCCGGCUCUUCAAUAUUUCCGACCAACACGCAGAGCCCUGGGUGGUAUCUGGGUGUCACAGUUUCUACAGCAAGCGAUACUCCCGUGCCUUAUACUUGGGAGCCAAAGCAAUCCAGCUGAACAGCAACAGCGUGCAGGCCCUGCUGCUGAAGGGAGCUGCGCUGCGCAACAUGGGCCGCGUGCAGGAGGCCAUCAUCCACUUCCGUGAGGCCAUCCGCCUGGCGCCCUGCCGCCUCGACUGCUACGAGGGUCUCAUCGAGUGUUACCUGGCGUCCAACAGCAUCCGUGAAGCCAUGGUGAUGGCAAACAACGUGUACAAAACCCUGGGGGCAAACGCACAGACCCUCACCCUGCUGGCCACAGUCUGCCUGGAGGACCCAGUCACGCAGGAAAAGGCAAAAACAUUGCUGGACAAAGCUCUCACACAAAGACCUGACUACAUUAAAGCUGUGGUAAAGAAAGCAGAACUUCUCAGUAGAGAGCAGAAGUAUGAGGAUGGGAUUGCCUUGCUGAGGAAUGCGCUGGCCAACCAGAGUGACUGUGUCCUGCACCGCAUCCUGGGGGAUUUCCUGGUGGCUGUCAACGAGUACCAGGAGGCCAUGGACCAGUACAGCAUAGCCCUGAGUUUGGAUCCGAACGAUCAGAAGUCCCUGGAAGGAUUGCAGAAAAUGGAAAAAGAGGAAAGUCCAACAGAUGCCACCCAGGAAGAAGAUGUGGAUGACAUGGAGGGAAGUGGAGAAGAGGGGGACUUGGAAGGCAGUGACAGUGAAGCAGCUCAGUGGGCAGAUCAAGAGCAGUGGUUUGGGAUGCAAUAAAAGCCUCCUGCUGCUUGUUUUGGCACUUGAACACACCGCUAGGGCCACUCUUCUCAGAAGAACAGAAACUAUGAUAUUUUUUCCAGUAACAAAGGACUUUUUUUUUUUUUAAUAGACUCUGAAACCAGUUAAUAGUUCUGAACAUCUCAAUACUGUGGAGGUUCUUGAUGCUUCUUAUUUAUUAAGUGUAAGGGACUAACUGCAACUGAGGUUAUUUGCAACUUUCAUUUUGAAAAAAAUUCCAGCUAAAACUAAAACCAUCAGAAUCUGAGGUGUGUAAUGAGCCUGUCGUUUAUGGUGAAAACAAUGUCUGAGUUCUGUUCAGGGCUAAAUAUGCUCGGGCAAAUUGUAAAUACAGUGGUUUGUACUCCUUUUCUGGGAAAGGUCUUGCUCGUUUGUGUGCAGCCAUUUGAGUCUGGGAGAGCUGCUUGAGGGUGGCUGAAAGCAGCACUUUUCUUUUGCUGUGUUUGUUGAAUUAAUUUGUCUUUUUCUAGGGCAUUUCCUGUGCUGUCCAGGAGAAAUUUGGGACAAUAGGCAACUUGGACUUGCAGGACACUUUUUGUAGCUGACUGAUUGCUCUGUGUACAGAAUUGAGCCAGUGGUGGAGAAUUAAAGUAAUUUCUUCAACCCUUACUAAACCCUGCAAUCACUUAAAGUCUGUACAUGAGCAUUUAUUUUAAAAAGCAGUUUAGUUUUAUUUCAGUAUGUUCCUGGAAGGUUUUGCAGCGAUGACUCAAAGCACUUUACUUUCUGUGUACAGCACUGACAUUUAAAAAGCUAUAAAAAGAAUUCAUCCCUCUUCCCUUGCACUGCUGGAGAAACGUUAAAUUAUGCAAAUACACAUAUUGUCCUGUUUUUUUCCAUGUUUAUAUACUUCCUGGUUGUGUCAGGUAAUUUUUGAAUUCGUGUCUUUUCCCCUCACCUUUUGAAGCAAAAUUGCUUCAUGUACAGAUUCCCAACCUCAGCAAUUCAAGGGUGAAGUGCUUUGGGUAAUCUAGAAACCAUUUCAGUUCUGUGGGCUUGAUGUGUGGGAAGGGGAAUUACUUAUUUUUCUUACAGUUCUGAUUUCCUCAGCCUUUACCAAAACGUGUUUUUUAAAUCUUUAUAUCGAGAGUUUAAUUCCUUUUGUAUUUGUUUUGUUGCCACAGGUAUGCUGGAGCACACAGACUAUUUAGAAAGCUAAAAAAAAAAAGUUUUGAGUAUCAGUUGGAGGAAAAAAUGGCUGUUUGUUACAAAUACAUGACAUGGGGAAGAAGCUUCUCCCUGAAGGACAGAUAAGGGUAAAACAUCCGUCUGUGAUGUUGUAUCAAAAAUGCACAACAAAAGAGGCAGGUUAUUGUCUGUUUUGGAAAUGUUCUGGUUUGUCAUGGCUUACAGAGGAGGAGUCCAAUAGUUCAUCCAUUUAAGAAGAGAAAACAGCUGCUUGUCUGUUCUCUCUGGA